AUGUCUCUAUUAGAUGACUCUCGAGAUGACUCGUAUGCAGGAGAUGAGUACGGGGGCGAUUUGAGUUACCCUUACCAACAUGAACAACCUCCUCCGUAUGCUGUUCAUCAGUGCAAUGUGUGUAAUAAGAUUUUUAUGAAUUAUAAAGGUCUCCAGCAGCAUUCCGUGAUUCAUACUGACACGAAACCAUUCUUAUGUGAAGUCUGCGGUCGUGGCUUUCGGUUUAAGUCGAAUAUGUUUGAGCAUCGUACAGUUCACACUGGUUACACUCCUCACUUGUGUCCAUUUUGUGGAAAACAGUUUCGAUUGAAAGGAAACAUGAAGAAGCACAUGAGGACCCAUGUGACCAACAAGGAAGAGCUCGAGGCUGCUUACAGACCAUACUCAAGCAAUCGGCGCCAAACUGCGAUUAUUCCGGAAAAUGCUCUGGUCAUUCGAGGAUCGCCUGUUCCAUACUUUCCGGUGGAGAAGCGACGAAUGCCUCUAAAACUAUCAUUGGGAACGGAUUCGUCGGAUUGGGUGAAUUUGAUUCGCCGGAAUAAACUGCUUCCUAUGAUGGCAUUAAAUGAAAAGCUGCUUCGAGCCAAUAUGCGGUUGGGUGGACCUAUCACGUUUUACCAAAUGAUUGAGAACUCAAAGCCACUGGAGCUCGAAAUGUUCCAUUGCCCGAUUUGUAAAUGUGAAUGUGCCGGAAAAGAGAUAUGCGAAGAGCAUAUGUACGUUUCACACGGAAGAAAACCCGAGGAUUUUCUUGAUGACUCUCGCUAUUGUUACAAAUGCAUGCGCAUGUUUGUCGACAAGGAGAUGUAUGACCAACAUAAUAGUUACCAUGGCAGAGUUCAUAUGAUGAUAGCGAACCGGGAACUUGAAAACAAUACGGUGCCACCAGAAGUAGACAUGUCCCAGUGUUUCUACAACAUGCUCGCUAACCAUACGAACGACUUGGUCGUCUCUAAACCAUCAUCUCCAUCAAUUCUCUGA